AUGUCAAACACACGCAUUCUAAGAGAAUUCGACCUCAACACAUUCACCCCCAAAGGCAGCUCAGUCAAAUCCAAGCUCCCACUUCUCGUUGACGAGCUCAAAAGGAUCUUUUCAUUGGAAAAUCUCGAAAAAGACCCUUCACUUGUAUUCAGUAUGAAUCCUGAUCUUUGGAUACCACUUGACCUAAUUGCUCAUUUGGAGCCAAUUAUCAGCAUCACAAAGGACAAAAGACUUCUCAGAGCAGCUUUAAAAGAGGCAAACCUCGAAUAUGACGCAGAAAUGGAGUGUGUUAGGGCUCGUGUUGAAAUUCCUAGGACCACUUUGAUUAUAAGGGACGUUGACUGCCAUGAGGGGCUUAUGAUGAUUUUAGGCGAAUUUGACUACAAAAAUAUAGAUCAUGAAGGCAAAACUUGGCUUAUUUCCUUUGGAAAUGAAGAAGAAACCAUCAAAGCGGCAUUGACGUUGAGGGAAAAAGGAUUGAAAACGGCUGUGCAGUCUACCAAUACAUAUGUUCAUCUGCUUACAAAGGCAAACAAUUUCAUUAAUGAGAUUGCGGAUUUGCCGUAUUUCAAACUGCUGAAUCAGACUGUAAAUGCGUUUUCUGGAAGAACUUAUACGUUUAAUGAAGUCUUAGAAAUUUUUUCGAAUCAUAAGUUGGCAAUGCCGCCUACGAUGAAGUUGCUGUCAGGUAUGUACAGUGUCAUCAGGGAAACACCUAUUCAACAAUUAAAACAAAAGUGUAAUAAUUCAUAA